UAUUCGAUGUAUUUUUAAAUAGCCUUUUCAAUUUAAAUCAUUGAAUCCUCUUAUUCCUUAACAGAAAAUGGGACAAGGAAAAAGAAUUAGAGUUUUUCGACGCCAAAUCGGCUGGGAAAAAUCUAUUAAUAAAGCCGCCAAAGCUUUGAAAAAAUAUGGAAAAAUUUGUUCCAAACGACAGAAGGAGGAACUCGAAAAGGAUCCAUCCAAAGGAGAGUUACCUCAAUCAAUAUUAAAUAUCAUUCUUGACUGGGCGAGAAAACAGUCUAAGAAGCUGUGUGUAUGCAUGCAAAGUCAAGAAAAAGAAACGGAGAAUUUUGAGGAAGAUAUUCCGUCGACCCCACAGAAACCAGAUGUUACAAGAAGCCGUUCCGCAUAUCCCCAGUCUGUCAGAUUAGAUCCAGAUGCGUGUUGUUCUGGACAUUGUACUAAAAACAAUAAAAAGGAGGAAGCAUCAUCUUUGUGGUAUCAACUAUCACCGUCGUUUUCAGAAGAAGAUCUUAGUCGAGAACCGAGUCCUCCACAUCCAUUUGAAAAAAUAUUGAGAGAACGAAAUAGUCUAAAUUACAUUGAAAAAAUGGACAUUGAAUAUGCAAAAAUAAGAUCAUUGGAUUCGGAUGGAAGUGAAUCACCUGAUUACAUGCAGGCUCUAUUACGUCCCUCUGAAAUCAAACAAAGACCCAGUUUCUUUUCAGAUCGGAAUAGGGUAAGUUGUUGCUGUAUGAACACGUAAUCACUAGGUA